CUUCGAACCGACCCGCAUAUUUGAUUUGGUGACAAAAACUCAGCCUGUAGCAAGACAGAAUGGAAUCUUCAGCCAAAGUAACCCUGUUUGAAGAUAUUUUCGAGAUCACGGCACUGAAUCCUGAUGGCUACAAAUUCGAACGUGUCAAUCGGAUUCAGGCAACGGGAACCACAUUUGAAUGCGAGCUACUGCUGGACAUUAAUUGCGAAAUCUAUACGCUUCGGGAAACGGAUAAAUUCACUCUCGUGCUCGCCUCCACGCUGCAUUUGGACGGGUCUCCUGCCGACCAUUUCAGCUACGUACCGGCCAAUUCUGCCGAACCAAGUUUGGCCGACAAUUACGAAUACGUCAUGCAUGGCCGUGUGUUUGACAUGUCGUAUCAAAAGGACGGGACUGUGGUUAUUGCAAUCAGCUACGGUGGAUUGCUGAUGCGAUUAACGGGGGAUCAAAGGCAUUUGUCCAGUAUUUUGCCAGAUCAGAGGCUCUACUUGCUGCUGAAGAAAGACUAACAUUAAAGGCUUUAAAGACAGUCGGCAAUUUGAUAACAAUGCAGCGAGUGCAGAAACGGAUCGUCUCAGCACAGGGGUUUUCUUGGAGCCAAACCAGUUGCAAAAAUCAAUGUUCUUCCACUGCCACAAUCAGGUUUCCAUUCGUUAGGUCUUGCCAUGCGGCGCUAUUCCUUUUCGUUAAAUCCUCCAUUGCUUUGGUAGAUUAUCAAUAGACAACAAGCCUUAGGAACGGU